AUCACACCAUGAUAUAACAUUAUUUGUUUGUAAUGGCCUUUUUUAACGGAUCGUCUGUUGUUCUUGAUGAUUCUCCUGGUGACUGGGAUUGGAUUGAAAAUAUCACUGAUGGUGACCGCAUAGCCGCAGGGAGCAGACCGUUUGUGAGACAAAGUAGUGGUGGUAAAAAGCAGCUGCCAGCGGUUCCAGAUGCUGAGGCUCAGUUUAACUCUCAGAGAAUGAUAGAGAAAAGACACGCCUCAGCCACAAUGUCAAACGGAGCAACUACAUCAUAUGGACCAUUCUUUUUAGAGUAUUCACUUUUAGCUGAAUAUAAUCAACUUUUGAAGCAGAGAUUACCAGGUGUAUACGUUUUACCUUCCGCCAGAUCUGCACUGUUAUGGUUUGGCGUUCUAUUUAUAAGACAAGGGCUUUAUCAAGAAGGAGUUUUUAAAUUUACAUUAACAAUACCAGAGAACUAUCCUGAUGGGGACUGUCCUAGAUUGGUGUUUGACCCGCCAGUUUACCAUCCAAUUAUUGAUGCUAUAUCAGGAGAACUAGACGUGAAGAGAACAUUUACAAAGUGGAAACGUAAUGUCAAUCAUAUUUGGCAAGUUUUACUAUAUGCAAGGAGAAUCUUUUAUAAAAUAGAUACAAAGAAUCCAUCCAACCCGGAAGCUGCUGUCUUAUAUGAACAAGAUCUGGAUCUUUUCCGGGACAAAGUAGCACAAAGUAUAGAAUACUGUAGAAGUCAUCGUUAUGAUCCACCUAAAACAGAUGAUCCUCAUGAAGUGACGUUUAGUCAGUGGGACCCUGAGAUGCAUGCCAAAGCCAAAGAUGCAGUCUUUGGAAUACAGAGGCUAAAGCAACAACAAAGCAUUGAUGGGAGUAAGAAUGCUCAGACAUCAGGGUUGUCGUGGGUACAGCCAGGGACUAUGGAUAUAUUCAGCAAAGAUGACACUGCCAUAUAGUUGUGUUUUUUUCGUUGACUUGAAUCUAUGUGACUAUGUCCACUUUUACUGCUGAGCUAAUCCUCAGAACAAAUCACAAUCAUCGGUACAGCUUUACAAAGACUAGUGAUAUAUAUGUUGUUUUUCAGUAGCUUUGUUAUCAUGUAGUCUUAUUGUGUGAUAUUCAUUGAAUGGUUUCCUGGGAAAUAUACUGCCAUUGUUUUCAAAGUUUGUUGCUCUAAUAAUGAGCCUCCAAUUGCAAUAAUGUUUGUUACAUGUAGAUAAACCUCAUGACUGACACACAGAACCAGAUAACACCUCCUUUAAGUAGCACUCUUGUUUUUGUUGUUGUGUUGAAGCAGAAACCAGAUACACAUACAAAGGAUUCACUUUGUGCUUUGCAGCUCCCUGUGAUUGAUGCACGUUUGUAAGCUUACUUAUGAGUCCUGUCUUAGAUACCACGUCAACACGUACAAUUUGCUUUUAUCGAAUAACUUUUUUUCAUGACACGACUACUCAGGUAUAGUAGUUUGAAAUUAUUAACACUUAAUAUUUAACUUUUGAACACCUUGCUGACAUGUCAUUAAACUUUAACAAGCUUUGGUAUGCUCAUUCUCAUCCAGAUUUCCAAUAAUCGUUGAUCAACGCAUUUGAACAAUAACGAAUUUAUUAAGUUAUCAUUGCUCCUUUAUUCGAUAAAGGAAAGUUAGUAAUGAAUGUGUUCACCAUUAACUUUUAUACUACCAUAUUUAAUUUAGAAAAAAAUAUAUUUAUAAGAAGGGGUGAAGGUAAAGUAUUUUUACAAAUCUUAAACUAAUUUAAAAACUGAUAUGUAUUUUAGAUAUUAGCGUGUAUUAUAGUAACAUUCAACUUUUUAUGAAAGAUAUUGACUACAAAUAUUAUGUAUAUAAAUUGUACAAUUGAUUUUUUUGAAGUUAUUUGAAGACAGUCAAAUGCAUGCAGGCAGGCUUCUGGUUAAUGAGGGGCAUGCCUUAUGCAGUGCACUGGGCAUGCAUCCCCUAGCUAGUUGACUUAUUAAACAGCAUUUGUUUGCCUGUGUGUAGAUUUAAAGUUGAUUUUCAUUCUGUUUUAUUACUUUAUGUAUCAUUAAGUUACACACUUGGUACAGGUAUUGUUUAAUGUACAAAGAUAUACACAUCAAUCCCUGGGAUUCGAUCAAGGCUUUGCGGGAUACCAUUUUUGUUCAGUGAAUGAAUUUGAUUUUGUUCACUUGAAAUAUGUAAAAUCAAGCAGUUCCAGAGAGCUCUUCAGAACUAAUAAAUAUACUACAUUUGAGCUAAUUACAAAGGCUCUUCCUGGAGGCUUCUGAUUCUAUGGUGCAGUGACACACUUUUCCAAAGUGACGUGUGAGCGGACCAGAAUAAAAUUAUGGGAUGAAGUUUUCUUAAUUGUAUCCACAGUAGUAAAAAAAAUGUGCCUUAUAUAUAUAUAUAUCACUUUGGAUUGGUUUCCCUCACUGGAUUUCGAAACAUGUUCAUGUAAUUACUUUAUACAAUUUGAUGUAAUUAUUCACUGGGUUUUAAUUUAUUUCUUCACAAAUAGAAUUUCUCUGCUACAACAAAUCCUAUAAAUGAAACUUGCACCAUAUAUACUGUAUUAUGUCUAUAUCUAUGUUAAACAUGACUGUUUUUUUCCUGAUUGCUGUUUUGAUCAGGCUCCCCAGAUACCAAGUUGUUUUUGAAUUUAAUUGAUGUACGUGUUUUAGUAGACAGCAUCUUUUAUUACUGUAUUUCUAUGAAAAAAGCUAAAUUUUUAAUUACUUUUAUCUGUGUGCAAUUUCAAUAAAGCACUAUU